UCUCAGAUGCCUCAACUCUUGCAAUAGCUGCCGUAGCUUACUUGCGUGCCUUGGACGCUGAAGGAAGAUGGCAUGUAGGAUUUGUUAUGGGCAAAUCAAAACUUGCGCCUUACCCCAUGCACACCAUACCACGCUUGGAGUUGUGUGCAGCUGUCUUGGCUGUUGAGCUGGCAGAGGUGAUCCAGUCUGAAAUAGACAUAGAGUUACAAGCAGUGAAGUUCUUCACCGACAGCCGCAUUGUACUGGGUUACAUUCACAACAGUUCACGAAGAUUCUACACCUAUGUAGCUAAUCGAGUAGCCCGCAUUCGAGGAUCUACAGAACCAGAACAGUGGCAGUACGUCUUGACAGACCAGAACCCUGCAGACCAGGGAACCAGACCGUUUCCAGCAGCUCAACUCCCAUCGUCUAACUGGUUGCUUGGCCCUCAGUUUCUUAGCCAGUCGACCACGGAUCUAAAUGAUGAAGCAGGAACAUUUGAACUUGUUGAUGCAGACACAGACAAGGAAGUCAGGCCACAAGCCACAUGUCUUCUAACCAAGGUCACAGAGCAGGCUCUUGGCUCGACAAGGUUUGAACGCUUCUCUUCUUGGAAGAGCCUAGUAAGAGGGAUGGCACUUCUCAUUCAUGCAGCCAAGUCAUUCUCAGGAGAAGUGACGGGUGAUGACUGCAAGGGAUGGCAUCAAUGCAGCCAGUUGCUCCCUGCAGAGCGUUUCCAAGCAAAGACAAGUAUCUUCAAGGCUGUUCAGGAAGAUGUUUACAAGGACGAGCUAAAAUGCUUGACUCAGGGUUCCACGGUGCACUGUCAAAGUCCCCUUGCAAAGCUCGAUCCCUUCAUCGACAAAAAUGGACUGAUCAGAGUCGGAGGUCGGAUAAGCAGAGCGGACUUAGCAGACGAAGAGAAACACCCACUCAUCCUACCAGCCGACCAUCAUGUGGCCACUCUCCUGGUCCGACACUACCAUGACAACGUGGCCCACCAAGGUCGCCACUUCACAGAGGGCGCACUACGUACUGCAGGCAUUUGGAUAGUCAGAGGCAAAAAUCUCAUCUCCAGCAUCAUUUUCAAAUGUGUCACCUGUAAAAAGUUGAGAGGAAAGAUUGAAGUUCAGAAGAUGUCAGAUCUGCCUGCUGAUAGACUGGCAAUGGAUCCGCCCUUUACUCAUGUAGGGCUCGAUGCCUUUGGCCCAUGGACAGUAACCACUAGGCGCACUCGAGGGGGAGCCGCUGAGAGCAAGAGGUGGGCAGUCAUUUUUGCUUGCCUUAGUACGAGAGCUGUACACCUUGAAGUGAUUGAAUCCAUGUCAACCUCAAGUUUCAUCAAUGCCAUGAGACGCUUUCUAGCCAUCCGUGGACCUGUCAAACACUUAAGGUCAGAUAGAGGCACUAACUUCAUUGGUGCAUGCCAUGAGCUUCAAAUCAAUACGGAUGACCCUGAGGUCAAGAGCUACCUGCAAGAGCAGGGAUGCACAUGGACUUUCAAUGCUCCCCAUUCCUCACACAUGGGUGGAGCUUGGGAGAGACUGAUAGGAGUAGCAAGACGCAUACUGGAUGGACUCUUUGCAAAGGAUGGUGCUACAAGACUUUCUCAUGAAGUCCUGACAACCUUGAUGGCCGAAGUUAUGGCUAUCAUGAAUGCACGCCCCCUACUCCCUGUCUCCAACGAUGCAGAGGUACCAGAAAUCCUCUCACCUGCCACUCUGCUCACCCAGAAGGCGAGCGCCAGUCCGGCACCCCUGGGAGACUUCGAGCUGGAUCAUCUCAGCAAGGUCCAGUGGCGCCAGGUCCAGAGCUUGGCGGACUCCUUCUGGAAGAGGUGGCGGUCGGAGUACCUGGCGACACUUCAACCACGGAGGAAGUGGACUGCAGAGAAGCCCAACCUCCAGGAAGGUGACAUUGUUUUGAUAAAGGACAGUCAGGCAAAGCGUAACAUGUGGCCUCUUGGGCGGGUAGUUAAGGCAAUUCCUAGUGCAGACACCAAAGUUCGUAAGGUCAUAGUCAAGACUCUUAGCCAAGGGGUAGUUAAGGAGUAUCUUAGACCCAUUUCUGAUGUUGUUUUACUGAUGACUCUAAAGAAAGAGUAAAUAGUGGUAUACAAGUAUACCAAGCGGGGAGUGUGCUGUCCUGUUUGUUAUUGGGUGGGAUUAGGUGCCCCCUUGUGUUACUGUUAGGUACUGCUUCAAUAAUUUCUACCACUUCCUGUCACUCGAGGCUCUUCCUUUUACGAAACUUGAAAGCUGUGGAAGGCUGUAUUCAAAUGAGCUCCGCCUGAAUUUCAGUUGUGAAAACCUAGGAGUGGAACCAUUAUUUUACAAAAUUGUAAGAUUCAAGAGGAUACAUUAAAAAACCCUCAAACUGGAAUCACGCCUUGGAUCUUGAUUUGUUAGCUAUCUGUCAUCGC